AUGGAGAUCGAUUCAAAUAUGCUCCACUCUGACAGCCAUGCCUGCUCCGGGGCGCCAGAGCGAGAGCUCCAACGGACAUAUAGGAUGGUUUCCAGAGCGAGUAUUCCUGUCGUCAUGCUUUUAGCCUUUCUUUCUGGCUACUCGUCGCCCUCCACUCUAGGAGCGUGGGCAGCCACAUCGGCGACUGCCGAGUGCCUCACGGAGGGCAACGUGACCACGUGCGCGUGUGAUCAGCCAGCUUCCAGGGCUGUCGAAGAAGACGAACAACUGCUCUCCGCGGUUCUCUCGAAGGAAACACAUGUACUGACCUUGUCUUGCUCAACUGGAAAUCAUUGCCUGCCUAAGCCAAUGCAUGACGCCAUUGCCUGUCCCGUAGAGAACACCACUUUGGAGUCUUGCAGCCUCGACAUUCGCGGGCUUCUCACCGGAGACACCGCCAAUGUAAAAUGGGGAGAGUGCGCAGGAAAGGAGAAAACAGGUGAAUCUUGCAGGACUAUCAGUAUCUUGCCGGAUAAUAUCCCCUACUCCGAUGAGCAGUUUGCCGUGGGAUGCCAGCAGGCAAACAAGAAGAAUUGUAGAGUUACUGUGACGGUGAAGGCGCGAGACAGUGUCACUGCCGGGCGGAGUGUCACAUGCGCCUACGGAGCCAGCAGCAACGACUCGCAUCAAACCAUCAAGCUGAGUCCGACAGAAAACAGCUUCACUCUCGUGUGCGGAGAGAAGGGGGAAGUGCUGCCGAAGAAGUACGACGAGACUUACUGUCCUCCCGAUUCGAACGCUGCGGCGGAGACAUGCGACGGCGAAUACAAGACCAUUCUGCCCGGUUACGAGAGCACAUGGUGGAAGGACGACAAGAAAGCGAAGUCGUUCACUCUUUCGAUUCCCACUGACAAGUUCCCGAAGGAACAGGCGAAGAUUGUGGUCGGAUGCCAGCAGAAGACGAGCGAGCAGCCGAAGAAGGCGGAAGACGCACCAAGCCCGACUGUAUGCAGCGUUGACGUAACUAUUGAGGCGAGCGCCUCCGCGUCGUCUGCAGUGAUGAUCCGAAGGCCAUUCCUGUGGGAAGCUGGUAUCUUGUUCUUGGUGCGCGCCGUAGCCGUCUGA